UUUACAUUAAUUUCUUCUAAUCUCUAUACUUUAAAAUUAUUUACCUUACGUUAUACAAAUAUAACUGACACCACGUUAAAUAAAACAAUCGUAACGUUGCGCUGUCGCAAAUUUGAUCUGUAUUCUAUUUUGUUUUUUUUUUACAAAACAUCCGCGACUAGCUUGUAGCCCGCUAGCAUCACCUACCGCUAGCCUUGUUUACGUUUCACAUUUCUCACUUACCGCUGUUCUGUUUUUUAAAAAAAAAACAAACAAACAAAUAUGUCUGCUGUCUCUCCGGUUUUGAGUGCAGAUGAGGACUCGCUUGAGCUUCACAUGGUGCGGCUGGAACUGGAGGAUGUGGAGAAGCAGAUCCGCGGCCUACUCGACAAGCAGGCCCAGCUGCUGGAGCGACAAACUGCGCUGGAAACAUCUUGUGCCUCUGCUCACAUAUCCAAGGUAAGCACACAGCGUGGUAUUUCCACUCCCAGCCCCUCUACGCCGUGUGUUUCUCUGUGCAGGGACCGUGCACCUAGGACUUUCCCAGCCGUGGUCUCCGUAACGCCAGCGCCAACACACCUCGGGCCUCCUUCUCCACCUCCAGUGUUCGAGAUUCCAACCAGGAACCGCUUCUCCCCUCUCCGCCAGACCAGACCCAACACUGUGAUCGUCGGGGACUCCAUUGUGCGGAACGUCCGUGUAGCCUCAUCUAAAGGUAAGGUGCGCACACACUGUUUUUCUGGUGCUUGUGUCCUUGAUGUCGCUGCGCAGGUAUCCGGGAUCCUGAAGAAAGACGAGCGCAUUGGAGCGGUUGUGCUGCACGCGGGGACGAACGACACCAGGCUGCGGCAGACGGAGGUGCUGAAGAGGGACUUCUCCAGCCUGAUCGAGACGGUACGAGGCAGAUCACCUACCGCGAAGAUCAUCGUCUCUGGACCUCUUCCCACAUACAGACGUGGAGCAGAAAAGUUGUUUCGUCCUGAUGGCCUGCACCCCAGCAGCCUUGGAGCGGAACUGCUUUCAGACAACAUUUCCAAGGCGCUACACUCCAAGUGACUGCCUAUCGUAAGUACAUCUUCCAAUAACAACAUUCAGUAUAAUCAAUGUUCAACUAAAAAUUCGGAAAAGGUAAUACAUACUAUAGAGACUGUGUCUGUUCCCCGAGCUAUUCAAAUAUAUAGAAAAUCUCGGAAAGUCGAUCUUCGUAACCUAAUUAACAUAAAAUUAAAUCAUAUUGAAUGCACAGCCAGCACUUUUGAUCUGAGGCUAGGACUAUUAAACAUUAGAUCUCUUGCGUCUAAGGCUCUUAUUGUUAACGACAUCAUUACUGAUCAGGAAUGUAAUUUAAUGUGUUUAACGGAAACUUGGAUUAAACCAAAUGAGUACAUAGCAUUAAAUGAAGCCAGUCCUCCUGGAUACAGUUAUGUACAUCAGCCUCGUUCAGCUGGUAGAGGAGGAGGUGUUGGACUCAUCCAUAGUCAAAAUCUAGUCGUCACACAAAAACCUAAGCAUAAAUUUAAUUCUUUUGAAAUUCUUUAUACCAGUAUAAGUUAUGUAGCCACAAAAAAUAAGUCAAUUCCUCUAAUUACUAUUUACAGACCCCCAGGGCCAUAUACUGAAUUUCUUAGUGAAUUUGCAGACUUUGUCUCAAACCUGGUUGUGUCUGUAGAUAAAGCAUUAAUCGUCGGAGACUUUAAUAUUCAUUUUGAUAACCUGGAAGACCCUCUAAGAAUAGCGGUUGUGUCCAUCUUAGAUUCAGUAGGGAUUAAUCAGAACGUAAUCGGGCCUACUCAUAAUGGUGGUCACACUCUUGACCUCAUACUAACAUACGGACUAAGUAUAGAAAAUAUUAUCAUUUUUCCGCAGUCUGAAGUUGUCUCAGACCAUUAUCUUAUCUCGUUCAUAAUACGUAUUGAUCAUAAUAUUUCCACCUCGUCUCGCUACCGUGUAAAACGUACCUACACUUCAGCUACUGCACCAAGCUUCAUAAAUAACCUCGCAGAAACAUCAAUUAGAUUUGGAUCACCGUCAGAUCACACAGAACUCGAUCAGGCGACUGAAAGCUUGGAGUCAACACUCCGCUACACGCUAGAUAGAGUGGCUCCACUCAAAAGGAAAAUAAUUAGAGAAAAAAAAUUAGCACCCUGGUAUAACGAUCAAACGCGAACCUUAAAACAGACAACUCGGCAAUUAGAACGUAAAUGGCGUCAAACCAAACUGG